UUUGCCGAUAAAUAUUUUUCUUUUAGAAAACAAAAGGCAGAAUUACAAAAAUACGUACAAUUAUAACUCAUUAAUAAGUAGGGCUUUUAGUAGUGGUCCGUAAUAAUAUUUUGGUUGUAACGUGAACCUAAACAUUAGUGUUAAUAUUACAAAUAAUUUUUUUUGCGUUCAAUAUUGCGAACUAAAAUAUAUGUUUUGUCGCACACCAUUUCAGGUAAUUUGUAUUGAUUAGUGAUUAUUUCGUGACUAUAGCAUGGGCUUAAAUUAAAGAAAUAAUUCGUAGGUAUUGAUUAUUUCGUGUCUAUAGCAUGGACUCAAAUGAAAGAAGUAAUGAUAGUCUUUCCAUGCCGGUUUUGGAUUCUACAGAUGUGCGAAGGACACCAUUCAUUUAAAAUUUGAAUAAAUCAAUCGUGUCAUUUAAAAAAUCAGAGGACAAAAGUGCCCGAAGGUUCCGGUAUGAAUAUGGAGAAAGACAUGCAAAAUUCUAAAGAAAAUCGGAAAAAAAGUAUGGAUACUGACACUGAAAAGAAGACCAUAUCAAAUAAUUCGCAAAGUACAGACGUAAGGGAGGCGUACUCGUUGUCCAUAACAAACUCACCAGGAGAAUGGACUUUGCAGGAAGUCGUAAAGUUUGUAAAAAAUGAUUGUGGAAUUGAAAUAGCAUAUAUUACUGACAGUAUGGAUGAGGAAUUUAAAGUUUAUCUCAGCUUGGACCCAAAGAAUGAUUCACACCAAAAAGCAUUGGCUAUGCUGAACGCAAAGAAUGUUGAAGGAAAACUGAGUAUUCAUUUAAAAGACAAUUUAAAAGAAGGAUCAGAGAUUGAUUCAGAAUCUGGAAAUAAUGAAAAUGUAGAAGAAACCAAGGUGAAACAAGACAAAGACUUUGCGGGCCCUUCGAAGGCUAGCCAAGAUGUGAGCCCAGAAUCAAAUAGUUACUACAUACGUGAGAGUUACCUUGAGUCAUUGGGUAUCAAACCGCCCAUAAGUAACUGGGUUAUCGUUACUAACUUUCGGUGCGAUAAGAGUGAGCUCAAGGAGGUGUUGGAACUAGCGGGGAGGGUCUCGGUAUGCUCGCUUUGCAGCAACACCAAACUCGCCAAAGUGAGGUAUAGCCACGCGCUAGAAGCGGUGCAGGCAGUGUCAAUGCUUAACGGACAGCAGUAUUACGGCAAUAAACUCCAAGUGACAAUGUGCGACUUGAACGAACCGAAAGGACUACUGCCCAAGGGUUUAGUAGACGUCGGUCCGGGGUUGGGCAAAUACGGCAAAUCAUUACCCGACGUCGGCGAGCAGUACAAACUAAUCCUCAAAGGGAAACCAUCGGAAUUGGACUCGUGCAUUUUUAAAAUGGAUUUAUUGGAAAAAACUGGUAGACCCAUACAAACCGUUCAGAGCAUUUGCGCUAAAAACAUAGAAAGCAAGAGCAAUCAAAAUGAAACCGACGAUGUGAACAACGAAUCUCCAAUAGAGAAGGCCAAUCAAAAAUUCGAAGGGAGGAAUUUCGGACCUGUAGGUCAAAAACCCGCUAGCGUCUCAGUAUCAAGGCCACCGGUCUGUCAAUCUAUAAACAAUGUGACCCAUAGAUCUAUGGCACCGUUCCCAAAUAAGAUGCAACCGAUGACAGGUCCCUUGAGGGGUCCGAUUCAAACCCCUAGGGGGCCGGUACUGAGAACUAUGGGGGGGCAAAUAACCUUCCCGAUGGUGAACCCGAGAAUGAUGGCCACGGGUCUUAAUUCCGGUAACGAUCCCAAUGUGAGCGGGAUGAUGCAUCCACCCAGACUGAGGGGGAUGAUACCAGGUCCAAUGGCUGGAUCAUCCCCCAGGGGGCCGAUGGUCGGCCGCAAUCGUUUUCCAGCACCCCGUGCGAUAAUGGGGCCACGGCCGGGGCCCGGUGUGGCCCCUCGUGGCCCCUUAACACCAAAUGAACCAGGCAGGCCGAUAUUUCAGCUCGGACCUAAUGUGGGAAUAUUCGCAGGGCCCGAUCCUACGAUACUACAAAUAACUAAUUUACCACCCAGUACGACCUUGGUGAGUCUUGGAAAAAUAUUGGGAGAGUUCGGCAUCGUUGUAUUCCUCGAGCUGACGACCCCAGGAUGUGCCAACGUACGAUUCAGCAGCACCGUCGAUGUUGAGCGAUGUUUACUGGCUUACCGCCAGGCGAACGGAUGAGAAAGGCCCAAACAGCGACGGUGUCGUCGCAGA